AUGAGCGGUUUGCAGCGUAGCCGAUCGCUCAUACAGCGCAAGAAGGAGCAGUGGGCCAAAGAGAAAGGUGUGUUCCCAUAAUCUGUUUAUUUUGCCUCUGAAUCACGCCCGUCUUUUUGGUUUCAAUCUUUUGUGUGUGAUUGUUGCGUUUUAUAGACUUGCAUUUAUUUGAGCGCCUGGAACGAUUUAUAAGAUUUAAAAAGCGGGCCGUUUUCUCUGUUCAAAGUUGAGAGGGGAAUCAGAGCCGUUUCUGUGAAUUCUCCACACAAGACGGAAAAAAAUAUCUGCUUGAAAGUUGUAAACCAGUUUUUAGCAAGUUUACAAUAAAUCGGACGACUUUUCAGUUUUUUUUUUCACAAAUUUUAGGAAUAUUCAUUCCUAGAACAUUUCCGUCUUUCAAUCUUUUUUCUUUUAUAUCGAACUCUGAUUUCCAUAACAUGAGCAAGAGGGUUCUCAUGUGGCUAGGAUGAAUUGCGGUUGUGUAACAGGUGGUUUAGUGCAAACGGGUUAGGUUAAUCGAGGCUACCGAGCUCUCUAUCUCACGUCUCAAAUGUCCUCCACGCAGUCUGCAACAAAAAAGGAACGGACGAUCGAUAUCCGCCCAUUUAGAUGGUAAUCUGGCGCUCCCACGAACACUGCCAAUUGUACAAUCGGGCGGCUGGCAGAUUGACUUGUUGCCUUCGUUUCCUGAAGCGAAACGCAUUGCAGUUAGGAUUUUAUGCGUGAAAAGGGUAUUAGGCGAAAGUGAGAAAAUGGAAUAAUUGUCAAAUUUGAAUGGUUUAACCAAAGACAUGAUGAUUCGGCCUUUUUGAACAGCUUCAAGAGGCUGAUUCAUGUGAAUUCCGACAAGUCAAGAUGUUGUUUUAAAUUAAAAUCCUUUGAAAUUUCUUUCUCACUUUUUUUUUUCAAUAAAUGUUUGAAGAGCUUGUGAUUCCUGAAUCUUUUACACGACUUGGAUCCGUAAAAAAUGACUUGAAGAAAUUUUAACGGAAAUAAUCAAGAGGAGAAAAUCUACGAAAUUUUUUUCAAGGCGAUUGUGGCUGAUCGCAUUUUUGUGGUAGAAAGGUCAUUGAAAAGAAGUUUUUGUUUUCAAGUACGAUAUCUUCGCGUCAAAAAAGAUAAACAAACAGCUGAAAAGUUGUCUUUUAUAUUUUAAUCAAUCACAUCGGUUCUUUGAAGCCAAUGUUUCUCAUUGCAGAAAAUGAAGCGGACGCGACGGCUUGGUUCCCUUUUGGAUCUCCUGGCGGCGGUUCCCCCAACCGAAAGUUUGAAUCAAAGACGCCGACACAGCCGAGCACUUCCAGUGCGAAUCCAGAUGUGGUCAGUCUGUUCAAUAGAACUGUUUCUCGGAUAAUCUGCCAGUUUUGACAUUGCAAUAACUUUCUUUUCAUUGAAGUCUUUCAUGGAAUUUGUCGCUCCUUAUAUUUUUUUCUAAACGUUGUUUUCAAAGCCAAGUUUCAUUGUUUACAUAUUGUUAAAGUCACUGUGCUUUCAUAAUUUUCCCUUUUGAAGCCUCUCGAUCUUCUUCCCUCAGUUAAAAUACAUUUUUUUUUCUCACGGCAUUUUAUAUUGAAAAUAGCAUGACGCCAUUUUUGUACCGUCAUUUUUUUUAGUUGUCCUUAUGACUCAACCGACCUUGGUAACUCUUUGAUGUGAAAUGCCGCAAUGUUUCACGGCACGGUAGCCGACGCUUCGCUUCACGGCUCAUUUGUCUUUUUCUCAAACAUUCUUCUUCGGAACUUUUGUAGCUGUUGCGUUGUAAAGUUGAGGCUGAAACAUUUCAGAGGAGAAAAAUAAUCUGCUUUCUUUGUUUUGAUAAGGGCAUUCGAAGGUUCUGUUUUGCCCUUGAUUGGUGAGCAAGGAAAGGCUAGAGCGUCAUUUUUCGUUUGAACGAAAGGUUAGCAGAUUAAACUCUCUGAGCAGUUUCAGUCUUCGGAUUGACCCAAAAGCUUUUCCACCAAAAUUUCUCUGUUGCGAUAAGCGUUUAACGAGACGCGUGCUCAUGAUUCUUCAAAUAAAACCUUGUAAUCAUCGCGGGUUCUUUUUCUUAAUGUGGGCCAUCACGUGUGAUAAAACGGAAAAUAACCUUUCCAGGCGGCUUUUCCAAUAAUUUCAAAAAUUGUUCUAUGGCGUUCUGUAGAAAAAAAUUAUAGCAAAAAAGCUUAGCUUUAGCUCGAUUUUUCCAAAAAAUUUCGGACUCGCUGUUAUUACUUUCAGUUUUAUUUCAAAAAAAUUCAUAAUGGAGUGUUUUUUUUUCGAUUUUAAAACUUGAUAAGAUUGCUAAUCGCAUUCUGUCCCUGGCUGGAAAUGAUCCAAAAAUGUUUCCCAACAUUGAAGUUUUGUGCAAAGUGUGCAACGCAUCGCGACUUUUCUCCUCUGGGUGCAGCUGCGAGGCACCGGUCUCCCGCUUUUUCAUGUCCUUUUUUUCUUUCUUCGUCGCUUCCUAUUCAUAUCGUACCGUUGAAUUCACCCGCGAGUUUCCGUCGACAUGUGGCUCAAAAACUUUCUGUUCUGCAGCUGUGUCCACUCUCUUAUCUUUUUUCGAAUUUCUCUUCCUUUUCCUGUUAAUGAAAUCAUUCUUCAGUUGAUUCCUAUCAGCUUUUGAAAAGAUUUUCCUCAACAAUAGAGAUAUUAAAUUGGUGAGCGUUUCAAAAUCCACUGUUUUUAAAGCUAGUUUUGCUUUUUUGACUUGGCCAAUCGGACAAUUGAGGAAAGUCUUUUCGAACUUGUGUCUAAUCGAAUCUUCGUCUAGUUUGGAAACUCGCUGGAAGAUUUGCAUUUCGAAGAUUUUCGUGCAUAAUUCAAUAACUCGGUUUGACCUGACAGGUUCCUUUUGUAUCCCCGUGACGCCGUUAUUCGGCCUCGCCAAAUCGCUUUCACCAUUUUGUUUAUUCAUGAGCCCCGCUUUUUUCAAAAGCUUUUUAAAAUCCUUUUUCAUUUAAAUGUUCGAGAAACAAUUUUACCAUUCAUUUUGCACCUUUUUCCAAAAAUAUUUCGUUCAUUAGCUCUUUUUUUCGGUGAGCUUUAAAUGAUUGGUACUGUUCGAAAAUAUUUUAAUAUUUUUCAAACUGUUAAAAAAAAUACUUGUUAAAUGAAAGUUUUUGUGAGGUCUCUUCAACCUCAACUUGACCUACUAGAAGGCUUUUUAUUGAAAAAGUCGAUGGGAAGGUCGUCUAUUCACGCGACUUCCCAUAACUUUUUGUGUCUAUGACUAGGAUUCGACUGAACAAUUCUAAUUUGGGUGUGAAAAAUAUUUUCUAUCAAGAAUGGGAAUACUCUGAAAAUUUCAAAAAGAAACAAUCUCCACAUUGCUCAGUUUUCUAAAGUUGGUUGUAACUUUUCUCGGGCAAAACUGAAAAGCUCCCCAAAAGCUUUUCUCAAAAAAAGACCUUGAAAGGGUCCCCAGCAGAUCUUUUUUACAUCAUUUCAAUUCUUUUUUGCAUCUUUUCAACAUCCUCUGACAAAAAGGAUGCUGAAAAGCAACUAAAAAGAUUCGAGAGGAUUCAAAAAGGAUCCUCUGAGGUUAUGAAAAAGGUGCUCAGAAGCUUUUUUACAUCAUUUUAUGAGAUUUUAGAGGAAGCUUUUUAUCUCCCGCUCAGGAUCCUUUAAGGAUCCUCAAAGGAAUUUUUCCGUUUUACCUAUGUUGGUUGGGAAUAUCCAUUUUGGCAAUGUAGAACACUGUGCGAUUGGUGAGGACCAUAGGCCGGCAGGCGGACAUGCGGCGGGUGUCGACAAAUAGGCGCCAAGUGGAAAUGAGCUUUCCUAUGUGUAUCAUCAUCAUCACCAGCAUCAUUUUGUUGACUCUGCGACUGGCCUCUGGCUUCCUGCCGGCGGUUUCCGCGCGGAGAAUGGUUUCUUCCGCUUCCUCACCCUUAUUUCCAUGAACCGAACCUCUCUUAUCGAUUUUUAUUAUGACAGGUUUUUUUUAAUUGAUCACUCUAAGUCGAAAAAAAAGUCAGCAUGACGUGCCAAAAGAACCGAUAGCCAAGUUUAAAUAAAUUCAUUAUCCCUUACUGAAAAUGGCUCGCGAACCUUACCGAUCGCGAUAAAAUGUGCGGCAGGGUUUUGAAAAAAGACAAUUGAAACUGAGUCUGAAGUUUUUGAGACAAGUUUCAUUUGAUGAUAUAAAUUUAUAGCUAAUCAAUUAUUUUGAGCCUUUUUUUUCAAUUUUUUUGUUUUUUGUCUUCAACCACCACUUUUUAGUUUUGAACAUUUUACAUUUCCCACUCGCAGGAUUUCUUCUUUGAUGCCUCGCCAACUCUUUUUGUUGAUUUUUUUUUUCACGUCAAAAACCCUCAAAAUAGCUUCCCGACGUUCCUAUCACAACAGCUUUUUAGACGUUCUAAUCCGAUGUUUAAGGGAACAUUUCCAUCCCAAAUACGGUCGUACCUCUCCACUCGAUGAACUUUAUUUGUUUUGCAUGAAUCGAGUGCUCCAAAAUAAAUAUAGAGUUUUUUUUUCCAUUUUUUCUUCAAUUCGCGGCUUAAGAUUUCUCAUUUUGCAGGGUGUACGGCUGGAAGAAAAAGUGUUAGCCUCUCGGGAAGCCGUAGCAGAACGAGAAAAAUCGAAAAAUAACAUGGUAAGUGAAAUUUCCAUCUCCAUCUUUAUUUUUUUCAAAGAAAUCGGUGAUAGCUUUUCCAAGUAGCAAUUUAUUUGUUUCGAUGAGGUAUAGCCAAUGUUUCCCAACUUGAAAGGCAAGAGAAUUCAACCGCCAGCGAGCAUUCAGAAAGCUUAUUUAUCGCUUUUUUUCACUAUUUUUGAUUUUUUAUUGAUUAUAAUCAUGUGUGCAUCAAAAUAGUAGAAAAUACAAAAAAAGAGCGGUUGCCGAGCUUUUUAAAUAGUCAGCGGCGAUUGAACUGGCGCCAAGAACCGCGUACGCACACGCUACGCGUCCCGCCCCUUGCCCCGCCUCCCUCGCCUUUCAAGUUGGGAAACAUUAACUAUAAAUUUUCAACUGAAAAACAAAAAGGAAAAAUUUUCUCUUUCUCCCUCGAUUUCAAUACUGACAGUUUUUUUCUGAAAAAAUCGCAACAUGAACCGUGAAUAAAGUUUUGAUAGCACGAUAAGGAGGUGUGAUAAGCAGUGUCAUUUUAUGACACCCAAGACAUUUUAAUCCUUGUUCCUUGGAAAUGAGCUGCCAAUCUCAGGAGGCUCCCGAGCCGUCGGCUUCGCUUCGAAGCUCGGCUUCGCAACAGAACCUCGUCUAUUCACCUGUCUACCCACCUCACAUGAUUCCCUACCAUAUGUCAAUGGCCUACUCCGGACAACCGCCUGAUCCAGGACAUGAUCCGGUAAAAUCCUUCAAAUUAGAUACAUUCAGUUAUUUCUUGAAUCUGAAAGCUUCUCACUUCAGUUGAACCCAUGGGACAGUUGGGAAAGAUGGAAAAAGUCUCUAACAACCAUCAAAAACACUUGUUUUUCAUUGUUUUGAUCCAAAAAUACCGAAAAAACCAAAGAUUUUUCGUUGACUUGAUCCGCCUCUGUGUAUUGCAUCUUUGGAAGCUCGUUUAAGGUUUUAAAAAAAAUGUUUUCUGUAACCUUUUUCGAAUAACAGCUGGCCCUAAUUAUGUACGUUAUAAUCCAUUUCAAAAAAUAGAGAAUUUCCAGCAGCCUUAUCCUGGUUGGGGUUAUCCGUAUGCGUUUCCACAGUUCACCAUGAUCCCACCAGGCGCCAUUCCUAUAAAUACCCACGUGAGCCCAUCAUUCGAGUAGUGAUUUCUAAUAGCGGCUCUCAGAAUGCGGACGGCUCGCCGAUUUGUCCAGUGUCGAUCGCUGAACAAGUCGCCGCUGCGCAAAACUCGAACAUUUGGGGCAUGCCUAUGGCCCCAGGAAGUCAGUAAUUUCUCCAAAACUCUCAAUUCAUCAUUUUUUUUUUGUCAGUUCGCAUGGGGAUUCCCAUUCCACCACCAGUUGCCGUGCCACAGGCCAUGCUGAGGUCCAUUUCUAGCGAUUCGACCGUCAGUGCGGCUUCCGCUUUCAGACCUGAAUCUCGAAAAAAUAUUACUGUCCCUGAAGAAUAUUCUGUUUCUCACCCAGCUUUCGACUAUCAAGAAGCCCCGCACUUUGGUAUGACUUUCAUGACGAUGAAAUUAUGCUUCGUGCUUGUUUCUAGAAGAGUCUGAGUCGCCAAGUAGAAGAAGUCCAGGGUCCAAUGUUGCGGCGGCUUGCACGUCUCGAUCUUCCAAUGGAUCCAUCUCUAUGAACACCUAUGAGAGUCAGAUUGCUGAGAAGAGGAGGUUUUUGAUUCUAUUAAAGGUUUCGCUACUACUUUUACAUUUCUCUCACAGGAUGGACGCUGAAAAUGCAGAGCGAGAACGUGUACAAGAUGAGAGAAGAGCGAGGGAACGAGCGGAAAGUUAUCAGCGGCGUGAACAGGAGGAACUGAUGCGUUUGAAGGCGGAAGAAGAACGUCUACGAGUGAGAUUGAGCAGUCAUCUCGGGAUCUCAGUUUUGUUUCAGGAGGAACAGAGGAGGACAGAACAGUUUGUCCAGGCGAAGGAGAAGGCAGAAAAAGAAGCUGAGCUCUUCCGGAAAGCCCGACUCUACAAGCACGUGCUGGUGGCCGCUGAGAAAAGUCCCGAGCUUCCUCAACUCGAAAAAAAGCUGCUAGGCGUGGAUGAAGCGACCGGAGAGCGGCUUCUUCGCGAGGUUCGGCCUGGUAUCCAAUAGUCCGCCAGAUUGGACUUUUCAGGUUUCUCAUUACGAGAGACAGAAGAAAAUUGAAUGGGAGCAGAUUGAACAGAACGCGCCGCCAAAAAAAGAGCGAACGAGGUCGACGGUGAGAACCAACUACAAGUGCAUUUUUAGAAAUCAAUCAAUUUCUUCAGAGUGUUCGUGGUAGAAACAACAGCGUCGGGUCCGACGAGUCAAAUCUCAAUGGAACCUUGAAAAACCACCAACGUCAGAUGCCCGAAACUAGCCAAAAUGGUUAUUUUUACGAGGCGUGAAAGAGAAACAAUGACAUCAUUUUGUAGUUCUUUUUAACAUUUUUUUUUAUUUCAAAAAAUUCUUUUCGUAUCCACUUAAAAACUCGCUUCAAUCUGUAGUUUAUGGCUUCGCAAACUUAAUAAUUUUAACAGUAAAUAGUUCCAGGAAGUCGUGAGUGACUAGACUUAUAGAAUUGGAAUUGAACAUUUUUUCUAGUUGAACAAGGCAUACAAACUAGUUGAACAAGGCAUACAACCAUAACCAAAUUAAUCAUCUUUUUUCAAAAAAUAGAGUUGGGAAAAGUUGAAUGAGUGAGAUUCAAAAAUAAUUUUUAAAAAGAAAAAAAAUUAACGUAUUGGGCAAUUUAUAUUAUUUUCUUUUGUAAGCUCAAAAAACCUUUAAGAAUAUUUUUCAUUUUCCAGACGCAUCUAAAUUCGUAAGAAGCGGUUUCGGACGCUCUUCUGUUCGAGUGACACGCCGAGAACAUUCACAGGAGCCGCGACAUGAAGAAUCUUUCAAACAGCCGCUUUUCUCCCCGAUUACUCCUCUCACUAGGUAAUUUCUCGUCGAAAGGCUAUAAAUACUAUUGUCGAAACCUUUGCUCAGGCCCAGAAAUAUACCGCUGAACUUGACAAGUCCUCAAGGCUCGAAUAACAUCGACGCGCCUGUCAAACCUUCCCACCCUACGAACAAAAAAUCCUUUGUUCGUUUUUUUUUGUAUUUUCUAUUUUUCUCGCACUGUCGGCCGUUAGUUUCAAGGAAACGUGCAAAAUUGUUUCCCUACUGCUAUAAUCCGCUCAGUGAUAACUUUUCUUUAGGGGCAAACGGCACGGGACAAUCGCUUUGACGCGCAAUCAGUGAGUUUAAUCCUUUCGCCAUCAUUAAAUUUUAACAUUUUGUCCUCUAGAUCCGUAACCGCUGACUUUUUCUAUUCAUUAAUCUCUACCGCUUUUAAGGUUUUUUUAAAUCAAAAAAAUAUUCAGACUUUGAUUCUAUGCUCACUAAUAUUUCUGGGGAAAAAUUCGGAAAGUAAAAAUUGAAAAAAAGAAAAAGCAUAACAUAGCAGUCGCUGUUUUUGAACAUAUAUAUCCUUAAAAAUCUCUCUUUUUUUGAAGCUUCUAACAAUAUUGAUGAGGAUUUUUUUUUACUUUUACGAGAAAAAACUAUGGUUACUAUAAUAGUUCGAACGAAGCUUCAUUACAAAUCUAUAGUAUAUUUUUUUAUUUGAAUCUUGGUCAUUUUCUCAAUUUGUGUAAACUACUUGAACCUCUGUUUGCUCUCUUGCAACGCAUGGGCUCCUGUCCGUUCAUUUUUUUGUGCACUCUUAAAAUUUUUCUCUUAAAAAAAUUACGAAAAAAAUUUUUUUGCACCGUACCUGAAAGAAAAAAAAAUGGCAAUUUCGCAUAAUGCUGAUUUUAUAGAAAUAAAAAAAUAGUCAACGUUCCUUAUUAAUAUGCAAUUGUGAGAAAUACUCGUGGUUUUGUGAUAAUUUAACAUUUAAAUCUUAUUCUAAUUUCUUUUAAGAAGUUUCAACUUUCGAAAAAAAUUUAUGAAAAAAACUUUUUUUCAAGUGAAAUUUUGGUAUUCAAAAUUUUGCGUUCCAAUUGUUAUAAACUAGAGCUCUAGAGCAGAGCAAUGAUAAGAGAUGAAGAGACAUGAAAAAUGAUAAUCUUAUGAAUUUUCAACUAGUUAAAAAGCUAAAAAAAAAAUAAUAAAAGAGACACCCCGCGCACUUUUGGCAACAAACACGCGCCGUCAGUGCCUGAGACUUUGAAACAAAAUGCCGUGUUCAAAGUAAUUCCGCGAAAUUCAAAAUAGCCGUCAGAGAAAGAGAAAGAUAACUAAAUUUUGGAGGGUCAGAGACCAUUUUGCAUUUCGCGGAAAUUACUUUGAACACGGCAAAAUUUUUUCCUUGAAACUAGACCAAUUUAAAGGCACAUUAACUCUUCGCUGUAAAUUCAGUAGUCGAAGUGCUCUACGGAAAAAGGUUUAUUGAAAAUUAGAUUUCGGAUCUUUAUAUGAAAUUAAUUAUUUCACAAACUAGUUUGUCGAUUUAGUUUCUAACUUAUUUUCAUUUUCUUCUCUGGUGAUUGAUAAAAAGGAUUUUUGAAUUUUUCAUUCGAGUUUUCAUGCUCUAUUCUCGCUUGUUCGAGAAACAUUUCAAUCUGCCUCAAAGUUUUUAUUUUUGAUGUUGAAAUAAGGUUCUCUCUUUUUUUUUGUUUUAGACAAAUGUAGAUUUCUAUUUUCUUUAUUUUUCUGACAAAGCUUGCUUUGCAUUUGGAAAUAAAGGCUAUGGACGUAUUUGGCGUUUUUAGGGUUUACAUUCGUGGGAACCAUGUCGAAAAAUUUUCUCGAACGUACAGUUUUUUAUUCGAUCUCUUUCCAUCGAAAUAACGAUUUUUUAUGAAUGACGUGGGCGACACAUUAAUUUUUCUCUUUUUGACGUUCCGGGCGUUAGCUGAAUUGCGAAAAAAGUAGAUAACAUAAUUGAAUGAUUUUGAUAACGACAUUGCCUGAGGGCGUUACUUUGAAGACUCCACCUCUCUUUCUGUUUUCGUUUCGGCUACGCUCUCAUAUUUCAGUACCAGCUCCAGCCAAAGAAUGCGGUCCGCCAAUUAUUUUUCGAAGCUUUUUAGUGUUCGUCUAGUCGUUGUAAUCCGAGUGCGGCCGCAAAUGAGAUUGAUCGUCACUUUUUUUUUUCGUUAUGCUCCAUGUGGAACACUUUUUGUGGACGUUGCUACUAUUUUAGUUUUUGAUGAAUAAUCGCUAAUUUCGCAAUGUUUUAACAUGAGUUUGUAUUGCAAAAUAGAAGCGGCGUAGUUAUAUGACGCGAUAGGAGCGUUUUUUUUUUCUUCAAUUUAUUCAUUUUUAAAAAGACGGGUGAAAAAUAGGGGUAUAAAAUUUUUUGCCUUCUCUGUCGUUUUCAAAUAUUUUUUCUUCACUGAAUAUAAGUUUUAUUUUUAUUUUUACGGUCAAUUUUUUUCUAGUUAUUCAUUUAAUUCAAGUGGAAUCGUUAUUUUUUGUACAUUUGCUGACCGAAUUCGGAGCAGUUUGUCACUAAUCUCGAUAAGACUACUUUUCGACGUAUAGAAGACUGUUGAUUGUUCCAAGUAUAGGUUUUUUGCAGCAUUGCCCUGCAUACUUGAAAUUGUGGUGAUAAGCUAGUUGAUAUGUCGUGGAAAUGGAUCCGGACUACGCUGUUAUCUUCAGUUUUCCAUUCAUUUCUCAUUCCCAGACUGCUGCCUUUUUUUUUUGCAAACAUCGUAACCCCAAAACGUUUUCAUUGAGAAAAAAGGCUCGUGUCGUUAGAUGAUCGGAACUUUAUCGCCUUGGCGGCUGGCCGUCUUUGAUUUAUAGCUUUCUCGCCGUUUCUCCAACGUUAUUUUUAUGUCUCCUCACUGGUCAUUUUUUUGAAUUCGAUUCUUUUUCUGAAAAUUUUUACAUUUUUUUUUGCUGUACUUUAGUUUUUUCUUUUACAGAGCGCUCUUUUUUCACCGAUUGAAACUCGCAAAAGCCGAAGAAUGAGACCAAUCAUGUCACCAUCAUUGGAAGGAAUGGCUCGCGGCAGCGUCGAAAGCCACGAAGAAACCAGCAGUGGCAGCCUGAGUCCUGAUAAUCAGAUGUUUUCAAUCCUGAAAUUCAAAAUUAAAUCUUGUUUUUAGUCGUUCUCCAGCGCCUUCAUCUACUGAGAACAUGGCUCCAAAAGACCUUUUGAAAACUCCUGAUUCUGAAAUCAAAGAAUACAAGGUUCAGUUUUGUUAUUUUCAUCCCAUUAAAGUUCACCCACUUCUAUAAAAAAUAUUCCUGGAAUGUUACGCCAAUCAUGUGAGAAAACUGCAAUCAGUUUAGGUUCGGAGUCGCAGCGCUCUUGACUCGCCAUCGUUCUAUCUGAAUGGGGGACGCCAGUCGCCAUUGAGCCAGAGCAUUCUUUUCAAGAAGCUCGAACAGAAAGGGUGUGGUGUCCAUACUGAGGUUAGUUUUCCUACACUUAUUCUUCAAGAUCGUUUAAACUGCACUGGUAAAUCGGCGUAUCCACAAAAAUAGCUAAGAGAGUGCACUUUCAAACUCAAUUGGUAUUUGCACGCGGUCAAUCAAUAAAUAGCUUACAGAGGUUAACUUUCUGCUCUUUCAAUACCAUUUGUGUGCACUCCGAUACUAUCCCCAUGCCCUCUGGUUUUGAGAGUGCUGACUAAGCUUAAGAAGUAUCCUGCCGGAUAGCACUCCGAUAGCAUUCUCUCCGCGUAUCCUAUUUAUUGACUGACGAUGUGGAUACCUCGAUUGACAUUUGUGUUUUCAGGACACUCUUUCACCUGAUGUUCGACGCAAGGCCGAAGCGAAUUUGAGCCGCAGCCCGUCAAUGGCGUCUUUGCGAGGAUCUCUUGCCGACCUAAGCCAGAAGUUCCGCGGAAGUUCGAUGAGUUUGGCUGAGCGAGAGGCUUCCCCUAGUCUCAGCAAAUUUCAGAGCAUGGUAGGUUUUUUUUUUCCUUCUUCAGUCUAUGUGUGUUUUUAUUCAAAAUCCUUCUAAAUGAGAGCUUUUAGACCUCGGCAUCACGUCUCUCUUUCAACCUGCGAAAGAACUCGGAGAAACAGAAAGAAGUUUUGGAACGGCUCGCUCGUUUGCGCGAAUCUCUGCACUCGUUGAACGAUAACGUCUCUCCUCAAAAAUCGGCGGCUUCUCGUCUUCACCGCAACAAUUCUGCCAUUAGCCAAGCGGCUGUUUGA